CUUGAAAAGAAAAACCUUUUUUCUUAAAAAAAGGGAAAAAGAAAAAGAAAAUCCGUCGGAGUCGUCCCGUCCUCUCCCCUCGCAGUCUUUGGUCUCUCAGUCUCUCUCAUCCGAGGCCCCCCGCCUUUGUCACGCGCACGCCGUUCGCCGUCGUUCUUCAUGCCUCUCUCUCUCUCUCUCGUCUAUCACAUCUGAAGCCCCCUCUCCUCAUCAUUUUCUCAAUCUCUGUCACGCCGUUGGCUUCACGCUAAGAAUUCAAAAUUUCAAAAUAGAGGUUAAAUAUGGAAAGGGAAGAGGCUACAACGGAGGAGACAAAGGAGACUACAAGAAUUAAAGCUACCAUCAAUGUUGAUGAAGAGGAAGUUGAUGAGACUCCAACAAAAAGGCGAAGGAAUAUGCCGGUAUCCAUAGUUUGGCAACAUUUCGAGAGGUUAAAAGGUGAUCCUAACGAACCUUACGCUCGAUGUAAAUAUUGUGGAGCUACUUAUGCUUGUCACUCGAAGCGUAAUGGUACUGGAACAAUGAAAAAUCACUUAGAAAGUUGUAAGAAAUACCCUUUUGAAAGGAAAAGAGACUCUUUCCAAAAGACUUCACCUUUUAAACCUAAGGAAGAAACUGCUAAGACUGAUCCUUUACAACUUGUUUGUGAACCUAAAGAAGAAACUGAUGGAGAUGGUUCUUCACAAGUUUUAUGCGAAUCAAUUAACUCUGAGAGUUGUCGUGAAACUUUGGCUGAAAUGAUAAUCAUGGAGGCAUUGCCUUUUAAGUUCGUAGAGAGUAAAGGUUUUAAGAGAUUUGUUAGUAAAUUAACAGGUUCACAAGAGCCCAAGUUUGUCGUUCCAUCUCGAUUUACCAUAGCUAGGGAUAUUCUGAAGAUUUAUGUUAAUGAAAAACAAAAAUUGAAAGAUAUUUUUGUGAAAAUGAAAUGUAAAGUUUGUCUCACUACUGAUUGUUGGACUUCAGAACAAAACAUAAAUUAUAUGGUAUUAACUGCACACUUUGUUGAUUGUGAUUGGAAGUUACAUAAAAAGAUACUUAGUUUCAGUCAAAUUGAAAGUCAUAAUGGGCAUACCAUUGGUAAGGCUAUUGAAAAGAAUUUGAAGGAUUGGGGUAUUAAAAGAAUUGUGACUUUGACAGCUGAUAAUGCUAGUUCAAAUGAUGCUUCUAUUGCCUUUCUUAUUAAAAGAUUCAAUAAGGGGUUGAUAUGUAAUGGUGAAUACAUGCAUGUUAAGAGUUAUUCACAAAUAUUGAAUCUUAUUGUAUGUGAUGUUUUUAAGGAUCAUAACGAGAGCAUCGGUAGAAUUCGAAAUGCUGUUAGAUAUGUGAGGUCCUCCCCUGCACGUUUAAUGAAAUUUAAGAAGUGUGCUGAAAAUGAAAAGAUUUCCAGUAAUAGUGUCGUGUGUCUUGAUUUUCCCAAUAGAUGGGACUCUACAUAUGUGAUGCUUGAGGUAGCUUUAAAGUUUGCAAAAGCUUUUGACAGAUUAGAGAAUGACGAAGAUGCUUAUAGGAAUGAUAUGCCGCCUACUAAUGAGGAUUGGGCAAUUGCUAGACUGUUGAUUAGGUUUUUGAAAGUGUUUUAUAAUGUCACACUGAAAGUUUCGGGGUCUUUGUAUACUACUUCGAAUGUGGUUUUCCAUGAGAUCUGUAGAAUUCAGAAUUGCUUACAAUUGAAUGGUGAUAGUGGAAAUAAAAUGCUUUCUACUAUGGCUAAAAAUAUGAAGGCUAAAUUUGACAAGUAUUGGGAGGAUGAUGAGAAGAAGAAUAAUAUAUUGUUAUGCAUUGCUGUGGUGUUAGAUCCUCGUUAUAAGUUGAAGUGUUUAAAAUAUUGUUGGAAUAACCUUUUUGGGCCAGACAUUGCCAUGACUAAAACAAGAAUAGUGGAGAACGCUUUGAGACGCCUCUUUCAUGAAUACAACAUUGGACCAUCUAGUAGUAACUGUAAUAGUUCUAGUGCUAGUUGUAGUACUAGUGUUAGUGCCAGUGCUAGUGCGUGUGACUUUGCUAAUGAAAUUCAUAGUUAUGAUUGUAUGGCUUUAGACACCAUUAUGGAUGUGGAUGUGAAAGACGAAGUAGAAACAGAUGUGGAUUUGGAUUAUGGAAUAACAAAUUCGUUCAAAGAUGUUGAGACUACAACUCUUGAUAAGGAGUCAGAGAUUGAUGUGUAUUUGUUGGAAUCCCUUGCUCCAGCUGAUAGUUAUUUUGACAUACUUCAUUGGUGGAAGCAGAAUGAACAUCGGUUCGAAGUUCUUAGUCGUAUUAGUAGAGAUAUUUUGGCGAUUCCAGUAUCUACUGUAUCAUCUGAGUCAACUUUUAAUAUUGGAGGAUGCGUGGUUAAUUCAAACCGUUGUUCAGUGGCUCCAAAAAUGAUGGAGGCUCUUAUAUGCACUCAUAAUUGGCUAAAUACCAACCCAAUUAAUCUUGAAAUUCAUAAUCAAGACCUGGAAGAAGAUUUAAGGUUUGAAGAAGGAUUUCGAGCUGUCAUGGACGGAGAAAAAGACGUAGAAGACAUGGAAGAUUUUGUAUAAUUAUAUGAAAAAAUGUACUAAUCAUGUAAUCAGGACACCAGACACUACUAAUAGCUCAUACUUUAACUUUGUAUAAAUUCAUAGCUUUGUAUGAAUUCAAAGCUUUUGUAUAAUUGUGUUAGAACUUUUAGGAUUCAUACCCUUUUAUAUUAUUUGAGAGAACUAAAACAAGGCAAAAAAAAGUAUAAUGGCUCUGUUUCUACAUCCAAAGAUGUUUUUGUUAAUUUAAUGAAUAAAAAAAGGUCGGUUUUACUUCUUUUGAAGGAAA